AUGUCGUCUACCGCCACUUCAUCUACCUUUUCAAAGGCCAGUGCUCACGCACUGAGCUUCUUUUCGACAUCAGGGGCGUCAUCUCCAUUCAGCGGUCCAACGUUUGUGGACAGCCAAGGAUUCCUAAGGUCAUCCCACCGUGUUGGAGGGCCGACUCUAUGCUCCCUUCCUGCUAGUGUCACGACGUCUCUGCCAUUAAGGAUUCGACAAACCUGGCAAAAGGGUAAAGACCGUGCAAAAGAUAUUCUAGAGCAACUCUCACUUGAAUUUAUCUCUAUUGAGCUGGUCGGGCGCUUGUCAAAGGUUGACCCAGAGCCUGAGCCAAUCCUUACUAUCCUUGUUGUGAUGCCAGAUCGACCUAAUCCGGAUAUAUGGUAUGAGGCUGCACGUCGAAUCCAGUCAGAGCUCGAGGGAGAUCUCUCGGGAAUUUCUGUUGAGCUAAUUGAAGAAAAGCUCUAUACUUGA